AUGUACGGCGCCAUCCAAGCCGACGAGGUCCGUCCGAGCAGCGCGCGGCAGGCCAGCACGCGGUCGCUUGUGGCCGCGACCCUCGCUAUCUGCGUCACGACCCUCGUAUGUGUCGUGUACCUCGUCACCGAAGCGCAGACGAUCUUGCACGAGCUCCGGCUGGUGACAGUCCCUACCUCCUCGCUACACGCGGUGGCGCCGCCAGGAGCAGCGCUGACGCCGCGCACGAGCCUCAGCCGCGACUUUGGCGCACAAACCAAUGGGACGCGUGUCUUGAUUGUCCACGCGGGCGACGACUGGCUCGCUCAGUUUGGCCAAGAGGUGGCACGCGGCGCCGCCAGCGUCACGACCGCCGUCAGAGUGCUGCACCCUGCCAACGCGUCCAUCUCGGAUGUGCUCUGGGCCGACGCCGUGAUCCUCGGGAGCAACGUCUACAACGCCAACGUGGACCCCGAGCUCAUGGCGUGGAUCAACGGAUGGCCGACCACGCACGACCUGAGCGCCAAGGAGCUCGUGCUGCUCAACCUCCUCCACUCGCUCAUGAUCUUUCGAUUUGUCGUCGUCGGUGGCGAUGCGUGGACAAGUGCAUUUGGCGCAUCGGCCAUCAUGGGCGAAGGCCCCUUUCACCUCGGCACCAACGACAGCAGCCACCGACCGGGUGCGUGGCCGUCGAUCUGCUAUCGCCACGACAACCACAUCCCCGCGUACUUUCUCUUGAAAGCCCACGGUCUCGGUCAGCGCGUCGCCAACGUCGCCACCAAGCUACGGGCGCCACGCGAUGCAUGA